AUGGACCCGAUCAAGUACAUCUUCAAAAAACCUGCUCUCACGGGAAGGGUGGCCCGUUGGCAAAUGAUUUUAACUGAGUAUGAUAUUCAAUACACUACACAAAAAGCUAUCAAGAGUAGUGUCAUUGCCGACUAUCUAGCUCACCAGCCCGUUGAAGAUUACCAACCAAUGAAGUUUGAAUUUCUUGAUGAGCAUGUGUUAUUCCUGGAUCAAUAUUUUAAAAGACCAAACCCGGAUGAAGGACCCGAACCGGGAGCACGAUGGACGCUCAUGUUCGAUGGUGCCUCUAAUGUUGUGGGUAAUGGUGUUGGUGUUGUUAUUACUCCUACGCGAUUCCAUAUUCCGUUCACUGCUCGUAUUUGUUUUGAUUGCGCAAACAAUAUAGCAGAGUAUGAGGCUUGCAUUAUGGGACUCGAAGCUACGAUUGACAUAAGGAUCAAGUUUCUUGAAGUGUAUGGGGAUUCUGCACUUGUGAUUUAUCAAAUCAAUGGAGAUUGGGAAACUCGGCACCCAAAUCUUAUCCCCUACAGAGAGCAUGUGAUGAAGUUGAUUCCUUAUUUUGAGGAGAUCACUUUCAGCCACAUCCCAAGAGUAGAGAACUAUUUGGCUGAUGCUCUAGCUACCUUAUCUUCAAUGUUCAAUGUUAAGUGGGAGAAUGAAGCACCUUCCAUCAUAAUUAUGCGGUUAGAUGAACCGACAUUUUGCUAUGCAACUGAUGAUGAUCUUCGAGAUGAUAAGCCUUUGUAUUUUGAUAUCAAGAGGUACCUCGAAAAGCAGCAAUAUCCUGAAAAUGCAACGAUUAUGGAUAAGAAGAAGUUGAGAAAGUUGUCAGCUAAAUUCUUUUUGAAUGGAGAUCUGUUGUACAAGCAGAAUUAUGACUCUGUGCUGCUCAGAUGCGUGGAUAGACAUGAAGCAGACAAAAUUAUCAAAGAAGUUCAUGAGGGAUCAUUCAGAACUCACUCUAGUGGCCAUACCAUGGUGAAAAAGAUUUUGUGA